AUGGAAAAUCAACUUAACAGCGUGCACUUACUUCUUAUCUAUCCAAUAAUAAAUAACUCUUUUAUUUAUAUAUAAGCUCUAAUUUUAUAAAAAAUGAGUAAGCUUUCUUUUGAAACGAAGAGGUUAGAUAUAUCUCGAGGAGUAAUAAAAGCAGACGCAAUUGGAUUCGCAGCCUUUGGAGCGCUGUAUCUCCUACUUUCACUUUUUCCGUGGCAUCUAGAAGCAUUUCUCUGAUGUGCCUUACUUUAUUCUCCUUAUUUCAUUGCUGCAUUUUUUGCCUAUAGAAGCUCGAAAUCUCAUCAUAAGUCAAGCUUAGAGUGUUAUAGCGUAAUUUUGAUGAUUAUUUGUACUUGAUUUGUGCUACUUACAAUUACAACAAUUUCACUAUAGCCGUAGCAAUCUUUUGGCUCAGACUUCCCGAUAUUUUCCUGAAAGAGGGGAGUUUGUCAAGCCAGCAUUAACUAAUCAAACCAGUAUUAGUUGGAUUUACUUACAUCCUUCUUUCCUGCUGGGGAAAGACCAGGAACCUCAACCAAAGAGUGUUCGGACUAUAUUUGGAUAUGCUUUAUAUGAAAUAUUGAAUUAUGAUUGUGACCGUGAACAUAAUGAUAGCUGUAGUCUAGGAGAAGGCGUUGGCUGGUUUAUUACCAUCUUACUGGGAUUUAUGGGGCUUUUAUUGAUUUCAAGCUGUGUCCUUACAUUUUUUGCUAUGGCUCAUUCGAACAAGACAAUUGGACUGCUAUCUGGUAAAAUGAAGAAUUACCAGCAGCCUUUAAUCCCUCCUGCAAUGUACCCGGCUUACCCACAGCAAAUGAACCAAGAUUAUUUAAGAUAA